UACCUGCGUUUUAUAAUGUUUACAGUCCCGACCAGGCCUCCAUACUUUAAAUCUGAUGCAACCCGGCAUUGUGGAAGCAACAUGGCUGAAGACGAGCUGUUACCGUUUGAUCCCUCAAAUAUGAAAAAGAAGAAGAAGAAAAAGAAGAUGCCAUUUGAAUUGGAUGGAGGAACAGAGGAGGCAGAGACCCCCACCCCAGCCCCAGAGGAGGAGGCACCUGCAGCAGAGCCAGAAACCUCUGAAAAAGCAGAUGAUGAUUUUUCACUGGACUUUGGUAUCAAAAAGAAAAAGAAGAAAAAGAAAGCAUUUGAUAUGAAUGAAUUGGAAGACAACUUACCAGAACCAGAAUCUAAAGCAGAAACAGAGGAACAAGAGGCACCAGAAGGGGUAGAGGAAGACAUGAAUUUUGCUUUACCCUUAAAGAAGAAAAAGAAAAAGAAGGUGGACUUCACAAUGAUUGAAAAUGAAGAUUCUGAAAAGCCAAGUGAUGACCUGGACCUGGAUGAUGCUCGGCCCGUGCCCGAGGGGAAGGCGUGGCUUGCCUCUGACAGGGACUACACAUACGAUGAGUUACUGACACGAGUAUUUGAUAUCAUACGAGAGAAAAAUCCUGACAUGGUUGCUGGAGAAAAGAAGAAAUUUGUCAUGAGACCUCCACAGGUGCUGAAAGUUGGAACUAGAAAGUCAUCAUUUGCAAACUUCUCAGACAUAUGUAGAUUAUUACAUCGACAACCCAAACAUGUAUUGGCAUUUUUAUUAGCCGAAUUGGGAACUAGCGGGUCUGUGGACGGUAAUAACCAGCUCAUUAUCAAAGGAAAAUACAACCAGAAACAGAUUGAAAAUGUCCUUAGGCGAUAUAUCAAGGAAUACGUGACUUGUCACACCUGUAGAUCACCCGACACUCUCCUACAGAAAGACACAAGAAUUUUCUUCCUCCAGUGUGAGUCGUGUGGAUCAAGAUGUUCCGUCACUAGCAUUAAAUCCGGAUUCCAGGCCGUCACAGGAAAGAGAGCGGCCAUACGAGCAAAGACGGCAUGAUUGUAAUCACCAUCUGUCAGACAGAACUUUCAGGUCUUUCAUUUUACCAGUGGUUAAUGCCGUGUUUGUUGUUUGUUUGAAAGCAAACAUGAAGGGUACAUCAAGAACAAGUAAAUAAGUUCAUGUGAACUGAACUUUGUGUAUGAUUUGUAUAUAAAGUGCAUAUAUAACUGCUUUAUGAUUAUGUCUGGAGUUAUUUUAGCUAAUUGUUUAUACCAUUACAAAAAUAAGAGUUCAACUGGCAUCCACUGCAACAAAUGCAAAAACUACUGAUUCGGAUUGUAAAUUGUCGUCUCCAGAAGUUGUGUAUUUGUUUGACAUCCCAGAAAGACUGGGUGAAACGUGUCAUUCUUUCUGUAAAUUAUCAAAACAUAUUUAUUGUCCAUGAUUUUAAUGACAAUAAAUUAUAUUGAGAAUUCA